AUGGCAAGUACUGCUCUGAAGCAUGCAACCGCGCCAACAACAUUGCAGCAAGCACAAACGGCUGCGUUGCUUGCGCUGCUUAACCUGAAUGCUCCGUCAGAUCCGAGUCCCGUUCAACGACCAGGAACACCGUCAGGAAAAGCUUCGACUGGACUCAAAGUUCCGGCGGUCACUGGGCCUCCCGUGUGGAAGGUAUUGGUGCUAGACCAGCAAACGAAAGAUGUGUUGGCAACUGUUCUUCGAGUACAAGACCUUCGUGACGUCGGCGUCACGCUCCAUGUACAAUUACACUCUUUACGCCCUCCACUCCCAGACGUUCCGGCUGUUUACUUCGUUGCCCCCACGCUCGACAAUGUGAGACGGAUAGCUGAAGACCUGGACAAAUGCUUGUAUGAGUCCUUCCACCUCAACUUUGUAGGACCCCUCCCCCGUGCCUUGCUAGAAGAGCUGGCGGCCUCUGUCGCGAGCGCCGGAACAGGUGACUUGGUUGAACAGGUUCUUGAUCAAUAUUUGUCAUUCAUUGCACCCUCUCCCUCACUAUUCUCAUUGUUGUCACCGCUCCCUCCUACCACGCCAUCCAGUCAAGCAGGGCCGUCCCAGGCACAACCUGUGACAUCCUACACACUCCUAAACUCCCCAUCAUCCACCGAACAACAGAUAGAAGAGGAGAUUGAACGCAUAUCUAAUGGUCUCUUUAGUGCUGUUGUCACGAUGGGCCAUGUUCCGAUCAUCCGCGCGCCCAAAGGCAAUGCUGCGGAGAUGAUAGCAAAAAAACUCGACAUAAAAAUACGAGAUGCGAUUCUUUCGGCUUCCCGAACUCAUGGGGCUACAUCAUCAUUAUUCGCGCAAGAUGCAUCCGGCUUGUCGAAUCUGCAACGACCACUGCUGCUGAUUCUUGACAGAAAUGUUGAUCUUGUUUCGAUGAUCUCGCAUGGAUGGACAUAUCAAGCUCUGGUAUCCGAUUGUCUAGAGAUCAAGCUGAAUCGUGUAGUUGUCACUCAACCACAGAAGCGCUCGUAUGAUCUCGAUUCGAAGGACUUCUUCUGGGCAAAGAAUGCACCAAACCCAUUCCCUCAAGUUGCUGAAGAGAUCGACACGGAACUGAACAAAUACAAACAGGAUGCUGCAGAGAUCACACGGUCUACGGGUGUUAGUGAUGUUAAUGACAUUUCGCAAAUUGAUGUAUCUUCCAAUGCUACACACUUGAAGACUGCAAUCACACAGCUACCUGAGCUGACUGCGCGGAAGGCUGUUCUCGACACUCAUAUGAACAUAGCUACCGCAUUGCUGGAGCAGAUCAAGAAGCGUGCGCUUGAUGAACUUUUCAGCACUGAAGAGGCCAUAAACAAACAGACCGUUGCUUCGGUUCUAGAGAUGCUUCGCUCUCCUCGUCCCAGCGGCACCUUGACACCGGAGGAUAAAUUGCGCCUAGUUCUUGUCUUCUACUUGUCUUCACCCGACAAUGCGAUCUCGAAGGACGACGUUGUCGAGUUGGAAAAGGAGUUAAAGAAUGCAGGAGCUAACACUGAAUCAUUCGAAUAUGUCAGGCGCACGAGAGAAAUCUCGCGGAUGACAGUAGCCACUGCUGUUGGAGGAACCUCGACGCCCGUACUUGGUGCAGGCCAAGGAGAACUCUUCAGAGGCUUUACAGCAUUCGGAAACAGACUCACUGACCGACUCAAAGAAGGAGGUCUCGACAAUCUUAUCUCAGGUGUCAAGAACUUCCUACCAUCGAACAAAUUGCUUCCUGUCACCCGAAUUACUGAAGCGAUUAUGGACUCAUCUGCGGCUUCGAACCAGUCGCUGCAAGAAACAGAUGAUUACAUUUUCCUUGACCCCCGAGCCUCUCGACACACCGGCCUCGGUCUUUCAGGAGGUCCAGGUGGUGCAGGAGGCGGUGCGUCUGGAACAGGUAGAGCGAAGCGGAUGGCAUUUGCAGAGGGCAUGGUGUUUAUUGUUGGAGGGGCAGGUUAUGUUGAGUAUGGAAACCUGGAGGAAUGGGCUGCGAAGACUGGAAAACGGGUUACCUAUGGCGGUACAGAGAUUAUUGACCCAGGUGCAUUCGUUAGUAUUCUUCAGGAUCUUGGGAGAUCCACUGCGUGA